AUGAACAACGCAGAUCUUAUGGAGCGAGCUGUUGGCCUUGGCCUCCCUGCGGCCCCUAAUCUGGCCACCGGGCCUCCCCUGCGCCUUGAACGAAGGGCUAAGAAGGGGAAUAAGGGGAAGAAGGGGAAGAAGGGGAAGAAGGGGAAGAAGGGUAAGAAGGGGAAGAAGGCCAAGAAGGGGAAGAAGGCCAAGAAAGCCAAGAAGCAGGCCAAGGCGCAGGCAGCUGUCGCAGCCAAGCCCAAUGCCGCGGAGCAAGCACAGCUGGACGCUAACAAUGCCGCACUGCAGGCCCAGAAGGCCAGGGCUGCGGGAGCAGCUAAAAGAGAUAACACCGGCCUGCUCGAGGAGAGACAGGACAGCGACAACUAG